AUGGCUCCAGACCGGAAGCAGAGGACGAAGAAGGCUGUCAUCUCCUAUACGGCGUCAGCAGGACAUAUCGGUCGCAACCCCGGCCGUCCAAAGAAGCUCGCGCGGAAGCAGGAAUUAGGCAUUCUCAGCAUCCUUCCCCCAACGAGAACAUUGUGUCCUGCCACUCCCUCUGCAGGGCUUGCCCCCCAUUAUUCGCACGCCUACUGGCAUUUACAUUGCCAGGUGGGCAGCGCGGCGAAGAUGGCUCAGCUCAUAGAGGCGGAAGCUUCCGCGCACACUCCGCCGACCCCAUUCGGUGUUGAGAUCAACCAACUUCUGUCCGAUAACGCUGUCGUUCCCUUCCGCAUUAACGCUCCCGACCUCGUCUUCCUGAGUAUAAACAAGGGCGGCACUACCAACAUCACUCCAGAAGCUCGCGCGCAGGUCAACGCCUUCAGCAAGGGUCUGAUCGCGUCGAGGCUCGUCAAGUUCGUAUAUCACGCCGCCGGGGAUGCGAAGAAAGAAACGGAGCCCAAUGUUUACACGCUGUGUAGGCGGGCAGCAAACACACUCACGCAUCUCUCCCUCCAUCUCACCUUUCUUGACAAGAAGGGGCUAGAGAACUACCUCUGCUCGACAGCGGCGGCUAGCCUGGUGUCACUGGAGCUGAAAUCGAAUACGAGCUUGCAGACCCCACUGGUCAACACCUUCAAGCUCGCCAGGCUACCCAACCUGCGCUCUCUCUCUCUGGAUAUACCCCCUUCCAAGAUCAACGUCAAGACUCUCGUUGCGGCCUUGCGCAUGCGCUACGCCGCCAACCACCAAGACCCCCUCCAGAUCGAGCUCAAGAACGAGAUCAGCGACGCAUUGCGCGCUGAAGCGGCGACGAUCGGGAUCACCUUCGUCGAAUAUUGUGCGAUGCGCUUUUGA